CAGAGAAAGCUAAUUAAAGCGAAAUUGACGAAUGAUUUAUUCAUCCAUAUUUAUUUUUAUUUUGCCCUUAAGUCGGAGUAAAGGGGUUUUGCGGAGGUUUAACUUUUUUCCAGACACUAUUCUUCCGUUGUGCCGCUUUUGAUACUCUCGUCAGUUUCCGGCGUUGCUUUACCCAACUCGGUUUUAAAAUGGGUUCAUCCCGAAAGCGAUUAAAACGAGCUCCUGAGAGCGAUAGCGAGUCAGGGUUUGAAGAAGAGGAUGAAUUUGUGAACCAGGUAAGUGGAGAGGAGUUUGAGGCAUCUGAUGAUUAUUCAGAUGGGGAGGAAAAUGAGGAGGGUGAGGGUGAGAGCGAGGACGAUAGUGAAGGAGAAGAAGAAGCUGAUGACGAUGUUGGUGUAUUAAAUGUUGGGCAGAAAGAUGAUGAGAUGCAGGAACUCGAGAAAGAGUAUAGAGAUCUUCAAAAUAUGGAACAGAGCUUGAUACAAAAUUUGAAGCGACACAAGGAUGAAGAUCAUGUAAAGGGGCAAGCUAUUAAGAGCCAGAAGGCUCUGUGGGAUAAGGCCCUUGAACUCAGGUUCUUAUUACAGAAACCAUAUUUUAAAUCAAAUAAGCUACCGCAGGAACCAAUUCGGUCAUCAUUCUGUGAGGCAGAUGAAGGUGUAUCUGCCGCAUAUUCAGAUCUCAUUGCUUCAUCUAAAGAAGCAAUAGAAUCCCUUGUGCAUUUACAAGAGGCUCUACUUGACAAUAAUCAAUCAAUUGGUGAAGCCGCAGAAGGAGGAUCUUCUGAGGAGGUUGAGGAAAUGACUGUUAACGAAGAAACAGAAUGGUUACAUAUUUCUCAAGCACAGUCAAGAGUAGCACCUUUUAGAAAUAAGGCCAUAGAUAAAUGGCAGAGAAAAGCGGAUGUCCACAGUGGUGGUGCUGCAAAGAAAGUGAAAUUGUUGGCCUUUAACCAGAAUAUAAGUGAUCAAGUGGCAACAUACAUGAGGGAUCCAAGUAAAAUGAUUAAGAGUAUGCAGCUGAGAAGAGAAAUAGUUGGUGUAUUUGGCAACAUUGCUAAGCAAGUGGGCAACGCCAAUGAAGAGGGAAACACUGAGGGUGACCCUGAGCUUCUGGACGACUCUGAAUUCUACCAACAAUUGCUGAAGGAGUUCUUUGAGACAAUUGACCCAUCAUCUUCCGAGUCAGCAUUUUAUGCUUUGAAAAGGCUACAAACCAAGAAAAGGAAAGUGGUAGACCGCCGAGCCUCUAAGAGCCGAAAAAUCAGGUAUCAUGUCCAUGAAAAAAUAGUCAAUUUCAUGGCUCCUGAACCGAUAGACCUCCCCCCAAUGGCUCCCAAGUUAUUUGAGAAUUUGUUCGGGUUGAGAACUCAAAAACCUACCUCCGCUGCGUAGAAUAUUACUUUUUCAUUUUGAAUUUUGUUUCGGCUAUUUAUCAUUCAGUUUAGUAGUUGGAAAAAUGAUUUUCAAGCAUCAUGGCUUCUGAUAUUGAAAUAUAGUUCUUAUUGACUUGUCGAAGUUUUGGGCUUCUGGGAUAAGAUGGCUUAGAUUGAUUGUCUUGUGUUUCGACAAUUUAUCUAAAAUUGUUUAUCUAAAAUUGUAUUCCUUCUUUGGGCGUCUGUAAUCUGUCCUUGGAAAUCCAAAUGAUAUCUGGCAGUUUGAUGAAAUUCUUGCUGCUGUCAAUGUAAUUCAUUUUUGUCAAACAGAUAUUAUUAUGAUUUUUUA